AUGGCGGCCGAGGCUCGUGGUCGCCUGGCUGGAAAAAACGCCAUUGUCACCGGCGCCGCCGGUGGCAUUGGUCUUGAGACCAGCAUUUUGUUCGCUAAAGAAGGCGCCAACGUGCUUAUGGCCGAUAUCUCCAAGGAGGCGCUGGACCGAGCUUUGGCCAAGGUUAAGCAGUUGGUUCCCAAUACCGGGCGGGUCGAGACCAUACUUUGCGAUGUCUCUAAAGAAGCGGCGGUCAAAACCAUGGUAGAGCACCUCGAUUCGUGGGGCGGCCUGGACGUGAUCUUCAACAACGCCGGCAUCAUGCAUGCGCGCGACGACGAUGCGCUCAACACGCCCGAGGAAAUCUGGGACCUGACGCACAACAUCAACGUCAAGGGCGUCUGGUACGGGUGCAAACACGCCGUGCUCUCGCUCCGCCGCCACGGCAAGAGAAAGGGCAGCAUCAUCAACACGGCCUCGGUCGUCGCCCUCGUCGGCUCGGCCACUCCACAGCUCGCCUACACCGCCAGCAAAGGCGCUGUGUUGGCCCUGACACGCGAGCUCGCCAUUGUCCAUGCCCGUGAGGGCUAUCGCUUCAACAGCCUGUGCCCGGCGCCGCUCAACACGCCGCUGCUGCAGGACUGGUUAGGCGACGACCAGGCGAAACGCCACCGCCGCGAGAUCCACUUUCCCACGGGCAGGUUCGGCGAGGCCAUCGAGCAGGCGCAGGCCGUGGUGUUUUUGGCGAGCGACGAGAGCAGCUUUGUGAACGGAACAGACUUUGUGGUUGACGGUGGCAUGACCAAGGCAUAUGUUACCCCUGAGGGCCCCGCCGCGCCAGCGCCGCUAAACAAUGCGCUCAAGGAUAGCUUAGAAUGA